AGGAUCUUUGUUACGCAUUCUGAAGAACACAUAACGUUGUCACAAGUUCAUAAUUGUGUUGCCAAAAAUUUGAUACCAGCUGUAGAGUAGAUGGCUCAGCUUCCUCUUGGAAUUCGCUUCAUCACUUCAUUUUCACGAGAUCAGUGGUAUAGAGCCUUCAUUUUCUCUCUCACUUUUUUGUUGUAUGCCAGCUUCCAUUUAUCAAGGAAACCUAUUAGUAUAGUUAAGGGAGAGCUGCAUAAGCAUUGUGCUGCUUCACAUGAAGUUGAACUCAACACAUACAAAGAAUAUGCUGCCCAGAUUCAGCCUGUCAAAAAGCCAUCUAAUGUAUCUCAGUGUGGUUGGGAGCCGUUUGAUAAGAACAACUACAAACAGUUACUGGGAGCACUGGAUUAUUCGUUUCUGUGUGCAUAUGCAAUUGGAAUGUAUUUAAGUGGAAUAAUAGGAGAACGGCUACCUAUCCGGUACUAUCUGACAGUCGGGAUGCUUGCUAGUGGAUUCUUCACUGCAAUGUUUGGAUUGGGUUAUUUCUAUAAUAUACAUAAUCUGUGGUUUUACAUAAUGGCACAGAUAGCUAAUGGGUUGGUGCAAACUACUGGCUGGCCGAGUGUCGUUACAUGUAUUGGCAACUGGUUUGGAAAAGGAAGGAGAGGUUUGAUCAUGGGAAUCUGGAAUUCACACACUUCAGUGGGAAAUAUCUUGGGAUCCUUAAUUGCUGCUUAUUGGGUGUCUACGUGCUGGGGUCUCUCCUUCGUGAUGCCUGGCGUCAUCAUUGCUGUGAUGGGGAUUGUUUGUUUCCUGUUUCUUAUUGAACAUCCGAAAGAUGUAAGUUGCUCCUGGACACCAUCCAGUAGUUCCAAAACCUUCCUGAAUGGUGCAUCUCGAUUCGGAGUCCAGAUGCCAACCUUAAAUGCGAAGGAAACCAGCAAAUCUCAGGAUCCAGAGAUGCAGCAUUUACUUAUUGACUGUGAAAAUUGCAGUGUGACAUUGAACUCCAGCUCUGUGGUCACCGGGGAAGGUAGACAUGGGACAUCGGCUAUCAGCUUCCUUGGGGCCUUGCGAAUACCUGGAGUCAUAGAGUUCUCCCUUUGUCUUCUGUUUGCAAAGCUGGUGAGCUAUACCUUCCUCUUCUGGCUUCCCCUCUAUAUCACAAAUGUAGAACAUCUUGAUGCCAAAAGAGCUGGGGACCUUUCUACACUGUUUGAUGUGGGUGGAAUCUUUGGUGGAAUUUUGGCAGGCCUUAUUUCAGACAGGCUGGAGAAAAGAGCAUCAACCUGCGGAAUGAUGUUAUUGCUCGCGGCACCCACAUUGUACAUGUUCUCUGCUAUCAGUAAAAUGGGCCUUGAGGCUACUGUAGUGAUGCUGCUUAUCAGUGGUGCCCUGGUGAAUGGCCCUUAUGCACUGAUCACCACUGCUGUCUCUGCUGACUUGGGUACCCAUAAAAGCCUGAAAGGGAAUGCAAGAGCCUUGUCCACAGUGACGGCAAUCAUCGAUGGAACAGGAUCUGUAGGUGCGGCUGUGGGGCCUCUCUUAGCUGGUCUUAUUUCCCCAUCUGGUUGGAACAACGUGUUUUACAUGCUCAUGGUGGCAGAUGCAUGUGCCUUGCUAUUCUUACUGCGUCUUAUUCAGAAGGAACUUCGGUGUAAUGCAGAUCAUACCCUGUUUAAAGAACACUGAGCUACGAGACCGGAUUUGGAAUAAGGACUGUGCCAGUGAUCAGAGCUCUUCCCUGAAAAACAAACUUCAUGGAAUGCAUUAUUCUAUGUUUAAGAGAUUCUGUUUGGUGAAGAACUUUGCACGUUUACUGGAAACAAUGUGAGAAAUACAACUGGUAAAUCCCUGAAGCUCUUAUUUUUGCACAUGAAUAAGUACCUCAGGAUGGCAGCUAUUCAUCAGAUGAAGAAACUGGAACUUUGGGAAGGUUUUUUGCAACGCGUCUCAACUGAGCCAAAGAGAAAUACCAAGUGCCUUUUUAUUUCUUUUGAUAGGAUGUUUUUAAUUAAAAUGCUGAACUCUGUAUUUUCCAAAAACAAGUCAGAACUAGAGCAGAAGGAAGUUGAAAUCAUAACAGUCUAGCAGUGAAAUGUCCCAGUGUCAGUGAGCAAAGCAUGUAUCCCUUAUGUCAUCUUGCGCACAUCGAGGGCAUCACUUUAUAGCGACAAUACCAGCUGAUUAUUAAGAUGCACUGCUAUUAGUAUUUUGAAGCUGCUCAGACAAUAAUAACCUCACCAUAUUAUUAGGUUUUAGCUACUUGUAAUCCCAAGGACAACAUCCAGCCUUUUGGUAGGUAAUGAAAUGGAAUUUACUGUUGCAGUGUACCACGGUUAGCAGUCUUCUCGGACUCUCUGGAUGGAUGUUAGCCCUUAAUUAGGAUUGUGCAAAAAAGAGUCCUAAGCAACAAAAAGUGGAUUAUG